AUGAUUGCAGCACAAGUGCUUGUGUUUUUUCUCUCCUUGCUUCAUGUCUCGUUGGCUGCUCCAGUGACCGUCUGGCAGACCACAACUGCUGUGACCAACGCAGAUGGCUCGCAGUAUACCUACAACCCAGAUGCUGACGCUACGCUGGCCGUGGCUGCAACUGCCGCCCCUACCGCUGAAGCUAGCCCUGCUCCUUCGUCGUCUGGUUCAAGCAUUGGCUCUUCUAUCUGGAGCUCUUUCCUGAACUGGUUGAGCAGUUACUCCAGCAAGUCGUCGAGCUCUAACUCGAAUUCGAACUCUAACUCCAGUUCGAAUUCUAGUUCUGGCCUGGGCUUCAGUUUCUCCUCGUGGCUCAAAGGUCUUUUCGGUGAGCCUGACGACUCUUCCUCAGGCUCCGGUUCCUCGUCUCAAGUUUCAUCCACCCCAAUUGCUACUUCUUCAGCUUCUACUGACGGUGGCUGGUUCGGUGGUCAGAGCUCUACCUCAACUUCCAGCACUUCCAGCAGCAAGACGUCCUCUGGCUCUGGAAGCACCGGUGGUAUCUACGAUGAGAUCUACAACUCGAAGCAGGACAUUGAUGUUGACUUUGCUAAGGACAUCUUGGAUGCCCACAACAAGUACAGAGCUCAGCACGGUGUUGACGACUUGUCUUGGGACCAGGACACUUACAACUACGCUAAAAAGAAUGCCGAUGACUAUGACUGUUCCGGUGUUCUUACUCACACUCACGGUCAAUUCGGUGAAAACUUGGCUGCUGGUUUCAGUACCGGCUCAUCUGCUGUGAAGGCUUGGUACGAGGAGGGUGAGACUUUCAACUACAAUACAUACAACGAGUACAACCACUUUACUCAAGUUGUUUGGAAGGGCUCGAAGAAGGUCGGUUGUGCCUACAAGGACUGUCGUAAGAACAACUGGGGCUUAUACAUUGUCUGUGAAUAUGACCCAGUCGGUAACGUCAUUGGUCAGGAACAGGCUAACGUUUUGCGUCCAGUCUCGUAA